CAGUGGCUGGGUGUCAUCCCACUUGUGCUUCGACUGGGCCCAGUGCUGUGCUGGUAGGCAUUAGCGUUCCCUAGACGCCUCACGGGUUCAAUUUGAGGUAUAAACGCUGGUUUUGACCGUUCUCCUUGAGCAGAUGUAGCGGUAGGGCCGGGGCGAGGUGUUGGCCCCCUUGGCCUUCGCUAGACUACACGUCCCAGGAGCCACCGCGGCCUUCCGUCACGUGGCUGCCGUUAGAGGCUGGGGAGUUGCAUCCGGGUCCUUCUCCGCGCAUGCUCUGCCUCCCCGCGUCCUAACGACCACAACAAGCGACAGCAGCGCGCCCGGCCCGGCGGACACCCGCCCCUGAGGCUCCCGGAGCACCGCCCCUCCAGGGAGCUGAUUGGGAGAGCCGCUUGAGAACCGACGUCGCAUUGGCCCGUAGGAGGCUGCCCGGGGAGGAUGUCAUGAAGGAGAGAUGAAAAAUCCUAGAAAUGAACAGCGAUGCACCACACCUGUCCUCAAAGCUGACUUGGCUGGAAGUGGAAUGUAGUUUCUGACAGAUCUCCUUACAAGGAAGUUGUAAAUCCUUUGUAAUGGCCAACAAGAAAGAGCCUCCUUUUUUCAACGAAGAUAAUAUGGGACCGUUUCACUACAAGCUUCCUUUUUGUGAAACUAUGGAGCUCUUCAUUGAAACACUCACAGGAACGUGCUUUGAACUGCGAGUUUCCCCCUUUGAAACGGUUAUUUCUGUGAAAGCUAAAAUUCAAAGACUGGAAGGUAUUCCUGUCUCUCAGCAGCACUUAAUUUGGAAUAAUACAGAACUGAGGGAUGACUAUUGUUUGAAUGAUUAUAACAUUUCGGAAGGCUGCACUCUGAAAUUAGUUCUGGCUAUGCGAGGUGGACCUAUUAACACUAGAAGAGUUCCUGUGGAAGACCCUAUCAGGGAAAUGGCUGAAUACAUGGAUCCCACUAGAGAUGAGAUUUGGGAGAAAGGGCCAUCCAACAAACAAGUUACCUUCUUAGUAUAUCGAGAAGGGGAUCAGUUGAACUUCUUCCGUGUGGUAGACCGGGGAGAUGGCACUUUAACACCAUUAUCGGAAUCUUUGGGCGGUGGUUCAAUUUAUAACUUAUAUGCGGAUGAUGAAGAUGAGACAGAGGCAUCACCUUCUGGCCAACAGAUUAUUGAGAAUUCAAUUACUAUGAAUAAAAUGAAACUACUGAAGGCAAAGAUGGAGAACAUGAAUCUGAGUAAAAAGCCUAAGAAAACUGUCAAGGUGAAAUCUCGUCCUCCGAUGGCUCCUCGACCAUCUAGUGGCUCAGUGGCUUCUGCUCGUCACCGUUUUUUAAGAGUGCUCCCCCAUAUUGGACAGUCCUGCCUACCUCCUCCUGGGAAUUUGUAUCACUCAGAGUCUUCCCAAAAUGCACUUUCAGCAUUGGCUACUUUGGCCACUGCUGGUAGAACGAUGCCAUCCACAGAUAAUGACUUUCUUAAGGAAGAUGACACCUGGCAGAGCAACUCAUGGUCACAGUCAAUUAGUAGCAUCAGGUUACCACCAAAAAUAUCUCGUGUUGAACUAGAAAAUGCAAAGUUACCUACUAAUAGUAUUUUGACUCCUGUUUCAUCUCUGUCCGAAAAUUCAGAAAAAGCAUCUGAAAAUGUGACCUCAGCAAGUGAAGAGGAUGCUGUUUUGUUUCCGAAUCUCACAAAUGUAGAACUGUAUGGAACAGAAGAAAAACUUCUACCUGAAACAGAUGCUUUUGCUUUGUUAACAGAAGAAAACACCACUGAACAGUGUAGUGAGAUAUAUGACAUAGGAAAGGUGAACCGAGAACUUGAACUGCCUGAUGGAGAUGAAGAAUCUAAGGUUGUAGAGCAGCACAGAAAACCUGUUAGCAAAGUGCUGAGCACUACAGCAAUGGGGUCUGGUCUUCUCCGUACUCGUGAAUUAAGUCCUCAAAAAAAUCUGCUGUUGUCACCUCUUCGGUAUUCAGCACAAAUGGCACGUCACAGUUCUCUGAAACCGCAAGCACAACCCAAAUGCUUUGAGGCUGGUAACUUGAGAUCUACAGCCUCCCCAAACAUGCUUCGAUCAUUGGAAGUCCGCAGUUUAGCAGACUCCUCUUUUUCUAGGACUGCUAGAUUUUGUAGCAUGAAAGUAGAGUCACUCGGUAAAAGACCUGAUGUAAUUUCUAAAGCAGAGGGUAGGGACCUCACAGAUGUGGCUAACAAGGCAUCCAGAGAACCUGUGAGUUCUGUAAGUAACUUAGGAUUUCUGGCUUCGCUGGCCCGAAGCACGAACAGGGAAAGUAUACAGAGUUCCUGUGGGACAGGCAGGUUUUGGACUUCUGGUAUUGCAUUACCUGCAAACCUGCAGCAUUGUCAGGAAGAAAGCUUUAGGAAAACUACUCCUCCAAAUGAAGCUGCUGAAUAUAUUCUAUCUGCGCAUGGGCUUGGAAUGAAUGGAAGUAUUGCAGCUGUAGGGAGAAGAGUAGCAGGUGAAGCAACCCAUCUUCCACCUGUGAAUGGCUCAAUUCAAGCAAAAAAGAAAAUUACAAAGCAUUGCUUUCUUUGUGGCAAGAAAACUGGAUUGGCAACCACCUAUGAGUGCAGAUGUGGAAACAACUUCUGUGCAACACACCGCUAUGCAGAGACUCACACCUGCACCUAUGACUAUAAGAGUGCAGGGCGAAGGUAUUUGCAGGAGACCAAUCCCGUCGUUAGUGCACCAAAGCUUCCCAAAAUAUAACAUGGUUGUACUGCAUGUGGCCAUUCUGCCAUUGAAGAAUUGUAUUACAUUGAGAGAAGCACUUGCUUAAACUGCAUAAUUUUGCCGUGCUCCAUAUUUAAAGAUUUGCCAAGUAACAAAAGCCCAUGAGGAUGCAUCCUAUCGAAGAAUAAUGUGAACACUACUGCAGUUAAAACUUUUCUUCCUUAUUGAAUGAAAAGUUAAAGAUUAGUUUUUGAAAACUUACACUAUGUUACUGCACGUCUUGUGUUGUGUUUUAUAUUUGGAAAAGCUAUUUCACUAGACAAGUCUUUAAAAGAUGCACUUUACUAACUUUAUUUACUGUAUAACCAGACUUGAGGGGGUGUUGUAAUGAGGGUGUCAUGUAGUGUCUUAUGUACUCUUGCGUUUUUUGUCCAUUGCGUGGUAUUUUCUAAGUUAUUUCACUAGAAAGAUUCUCUCUCCCUCCCUCCCCUUUCUUGAAAUGGCCUAUUUUGAGAUUUUUAAGGGGGUAGUGUGUUCCGCCCCUCUCUUUCAUUCAGAUUGGUAUUCAUACACUGUGUAUCCAUUCUGAAAAUUACAUAUCAUGGUAAUCACAUUUCUUGAAAUAAUACUGUUUAUAUGACAAGUUUGUUUUAAAAUAGAAAAUUCCCCCUUUGUUGCCAUUAAAUAUAAGGAACAGUUUAUUUUAACUUCUUUUGUAAUGCUAGGUUUUUUUAAAGAUUUCACAACUUGGUUUGUUAAGAUGUUGAAUGCUGUUACUGGAAGAAAUUCUAAUAAAUAUUAAAUUUUA